UAAAACGUCAAAUUGUAGUCAUGUUUGAAAAUUGCAAUUAAGGUAUUAUUCGACUAAUCAACGCACAAAAUGGAAAGAAUUGUGAUUUUUGGUUCGACCGGAAUGACUGGGUUAUGUGCAGUCGAAGCGGCUGUCCAAAAAGGAUUAAACGUUCGCGCAUUUGUUCGAAAUCCAUCUCUUCUACCUGAUCAUUUACGCGACAGCGUCGAAGUUGUUAAAGGAGACGUGCUCGAUUACAAAGAUGUUUUGAAUGCUAUUAAAGGAGUUACUGCUGUGGUAGUUGUCUUGGGUACACGAAAUGAUUUGAAAGCCACCACAGUUCUUAGUGAGGGUACCAAAAACAUAGUACAAGCUAUGAAGGAGUUGAAUGUUGAGAUCAUCUCAAUUUGUUUAUCUGCAUUUUUAUUUUAUGAACCUGAAAAGGUUCCCCCGGUUUUUAAGGAGAUAAAUUCUGAUCAUCAGAGACAAAUGGAUAUUGUUAAAGGUUCUGGAUUAAAAUUUAUUAUUGUUAAUCCACCGCAUAUAGCAGAUAUGCCUGGCUUAGAGUACACUAUUUCGCAAGAUACUCCAGGAAAAUCACGUGUUAUUACCAAGUUUGCAUUGGGAAAAUUUUUAAUUGAUUCCAUAUUAUUACCUGAACGUUACGGGCAUGUUUAUGGAAUUUGUAAUAAAGCGCAAUGUGCAUAAUAGAAUUUUUAGUGUUUUUAACAGUUAUUUAGUUUUGAUUUUUUUUAUGCUUCUUGUUUUGUAGAUGUUUUUUUUUUCAUAAGAAUUAGAAGAAUUGAUUAUUUCAAAGUUGUUGUUUAGGUAUGAGGUUUCCAAAAAGUUCUUUAAUUACAAAAAUAUUAUAAGAUGGAAUGUGUAUAAGGUGUUUAAUGAAUGUUUUUAUGUUUGAAGUAAAAAUCUUGAGUUAAUAAAUGUAAUUUUAAAUAAUUAA